AAACCAAAAUGACCAGUAUGGGAUCACUCUGGAGUUGACUCAGAAAAGGGGGUAGGAGGAAGGGAGCUGGGACAGAGGCAUUUGUACCAGGCAUGAUGAAGAAGGGCAGGGGAGAAGCAACAGAGAGAGAGGAAUCUGAUGUUCCCAGAGGAAAUAGCAAUGACCCCACAGAGCUGAGGACACCACGGGAAGAUGAGAAAGCUCACUGGGGAAGAAGCCCUUGACCUCCCAGAUGCCCAGCACUGGGUGUGCAGCAGAGCUGGUGAUUCCAGCUGGGGAGGUGAGGACUCCACUGCGAGCUGAGCGGGAACAGCCCCUUCCCAUGACUGAGGCCCCAGAGGCACGGAAUGGUCAGAAUGCCGGUGGCUGAGGGAGGCACGGGGGCAGCUGCUGGAGGAGGGAGACACGCAGAAGGAGCAUUUCAGGCACUGGAAGGACAGGUCAUUUCUCUGCCCCGCCUCCGCUCCUUCCUUUGCUGCCCCCAGAGAGUGGUUUCCGGCAGCUCUGUUAUCUCGGGGCUGGCAGGUGGUUUCUGACUCUCCCUCACUCAGCAAACACGCAGCUUGGUCUCGGCAUGCACCUCGCCUAUCUCAUCCUCACGGUCUUCCUGGGCCAGCUCCUGGGCACCACGGGGCAGAUCAUGGUCACCCAGGAAGAUGGACAAGUCAUAGUGAAGCAGAGACAUCCCUUCCAGACCACUUGCACAUACCAGAUCAGUAAUUUUAGGGCAUUGCUCUGGUACCAGGUGCAGAAAGGCCAAGCCCCACAGCUGGUCUCCUAUCACACAGGACCUGGCGCCAAGCACAGCGGCCGUAUCACCACGCACCUGAACACCACGGGGAAAUACAGUGUCCUGCAGGUGGAGGAAGUGGAGGUCUCUGACAGUGCCUUGUACCUCUGUGCUGUGCAAGACACCCUGGUGCAGGGAACUUCCUCGGCUGUGCAACAACCCAGGGGAGGGAGGGAGGGAGGGAGGGGAUGUGUCUGUGUGAGGGCUCACCAAGGACGGUUUCACUCCAGCUCGGAGGAUCAGUUGAACUCGGGACAAACAGCACGGGCGCGGCUUCAGCACGGCUGGCAGCCCCCGUGCCCUCCGACCCAGCCGGGACACAGCCGCUCUCAGCAGCGCUGCGGAGGGCAAAAGGAGGAGCUGUGCCUUGGGGGCACGGCGAGAGGCUCGGCAAUCCUGCCGCCCGUGGGCUGCCAGUGGCGGAGCGGAUCUGCUUCCGAUGCAGUGUCGGUGCUGUGUGGGAUGGGACGCAGCUGUCUCUUGUCCCUGGCAAUGGCAAACGUCCUUGUGUCGCUCAUUGUGGUGGUGCUGUGA